UAGUUCCGACAAUAUCUUCCAGGUAAAAUGAAAACGAAUCAGAAAAAAGAUGCAUCUUUUGUUUGCCCAACAUGCUUAUCUAAAAGAAGUGGAAACAACUUUGCUUCUGGUAUUGAAUUGAAGCUCAUAGUUUUGGCGAGAAAGAUGAAAGCUUUAUCUCUCUUGCUGCUAUUUACUGCACUAUUUAGGGCAUUUGCAUCAUCUAACGAUGCAUACCCUACUGGGUAUGGCGACGAACCGGGCAUCUGUCUCGGUCCUAGCGACAAAUUACAGCAGAGAGAAGGGGAAAUCUUUGACAUCACUCAUCCGUACACUCCCAACACGCCGGUGGGGGAUUCUGAUGAGGGCGCAGGGCAAAUUCUGAGUCUUUUGAUGAGCAUGAAAAAUGGGUCUGAUUACAACUUGUCGGAGAUGAGAUUGUGUGUUCAUGCUGGCACUCAUGUUGAUGCGCCAGGGCACAUGUAUGAUAAUUACUUUGAUCAGGGAUUUGAUGUUGAUACUCUUGACCUUAGAGUUCUCAAUGGCCCUGUAUUGGUGGUGGAUGUUCCAAGGGACAAGAACAUAACUGCUGAAGUAAUGAAGUCGUUAAACGUUCCCAAGGGAGUGAAGCGAGUGCUUUUCAGAACACUGAACACUGACAGGCGUCUUAUGUGGAAGAAGGAGUUUGACUCAAGCUAUGUGGGGUUCAUGAAGGAUGGUGCACAGUGGCUUGUAGACAACACCGACAUUAAACUUGUCGGAAUCGACUACUUAUCAGUUGCUGCUGCUGAUGACGUGAUUUCAGCUCAUUUAGCAUUCCUCAAGAGCAGGGAAAUUAUUCUCGUGGAAGGCCUGAAACUCGAUGAGAUCAGUCUUGGGAUUUAUACCAUACAUUGUUUACCCCUGAGGUUGGUUGGUUCUGAUGGAUCACCCAUCAGAUGCAUCCUCAUCAAGUAACUCUACUAGUAAGGUCUGUGAAUUGCAUCUCACUAAGGCCCUGUUUGUCUGUUUGAUGGAAAUGGUGAAAUUGAAAGCCUGGAGAUAAUGCCCCAAUGCCAUAAUCUCAAGCUUUGGGAUGCUGAUCAUCAUAUUAUCAUAUUAUUAGCUGGGACUAGAUUUUCUGUCUUUAGUAGUUGGUACUUCUGGUUAAACAAUUCAAGGCAUGUAAAAGCUGGUGACUUUUGCCGUGGAACUAGUGACUGAGUGGGCGAAGUAUAAUUCUGUUAUUCUAGUACUAGUCACGAGCUCAAUUGUUACCAACACACUUUCUUGGUCCAAAAACAACACGUGUAUGAGUGUA